AUUACACUCGCGGGAUUGAUCCAAACUGCUCCUGAGCAGCACGGGAACCAUGAUUUGAUACAUUCAAGGUUGAUCUGCAACCAUGAUGAUUACUCCGCCUGACGAAGCUUCCACGACCACGCCCAACGCCGGAAAGAAGCGGCUUGGGUGUCUUGGAGGCACACCUCAGACGGCCGACCGGCUGAAGAAGCCUUUCAAGAUAACUUUGAGCGAUGACAAGGAGAACACACCGAUACUGAGGACACCCUCUUCACAGCGGCCUCACCCAUCGCAACGUCUUUACGGCGGCACACCUCAAUCAGUCGAUCGACUAGUCAAGCCUUUCAAGUGUCCCGGCUCAGCAACAGUUACUCGAACUUCAGAUAAACCUGCUCGAAAGCGGCGGAAGGUUGAUUAUGGAGGAGCCGAUGGGGAUAAAGAUGAUGGAGACAAGCCAUGGACGAACGAGGAGCGACUGGCGCUUGCGAACAGAGAUGUUAACAAAUUCCCUGUUUAUCAAGUCAAGGACAAGGAAACCACGUUUCGAAAGCGAUUCGCCGUACCGUUGAUCAACAAGGAUUCCGCAUCGUACAACCCAAAUCGACCCCCACCAACGUUGGGCUUGAGACAAGGAGCAGUUUUCGUGGCGAAGCCAUUACAUGAUCCCAGUGGAGAGUUUGCGAUUGUUCUUUACGAUCCUACUGUAGACGAGAAACCGAGGACCAUUGAAGAGGCAAGGAAAGAUGACGAACCUCCGAAGAUUGAUGCUCCGCUUGUGCAUAAAACUCUAGCGGAAAUUCUAGGAAUCAAGAAGGUAGUGGAGGGAGAACGACCGAAAGUUCCGGUCGUUAUUGAUCCUCGACUUGCAAAGGUCCUCAGACCGCAUCAGAUUGAGGGUGUCAAAUUCAUGUAUAGAUGCGUCACUGGAAUGAUCGAGGAGAAGGCCAAUGGCUGUAUCAUGGCCGACGAGAUGGGUCUAGGGAAGACCCUUCAAUGCAUUACUCUUAUGUGGACACUCUUGAAACAAUCUCCGGAGGCUGGAAAACCUACAAUCCAGAAGGCUAUCAUUGCCUGCCCUUCCAGUUUGGUCAGGAAUUGGGCAAAUGAAUUGGUGAAAUGGCUUGGACCUGAUGCUAUCCAGCCUUUCGCCAUUGAUGGCAAGGCUAGUAAGGAAGAACUUACCCAGCAACUCCGUCAAUGGGCAAUCGCUAGUGGGCGAGCUGUCACGCGACCUGUCAUCAUUGUCUCCUACGAAACUCUACGGCUGAAUGUCGAGGAGCUUAAGAAUACCCAAAUUGGGCUUAUGUUGUGUGAUGAAGGUCAUCGACUGAAGAACGGUGACAGUCAAACCUUCACUGCACUAAACAGUCUCAACGUCUCGAGGAGAGUAAUUCUGUCUGGAACACCAAUCCAGAACGAUUUAUCCGAGUACUUCUCCCUUAUAAGCUUUGCCAACCCAGGCCUCCUUGGAACGCGACUGGAAUUCCGCAAAAGGUUUGAAUUGCCAAUUCUGAAGGGUCGAGACGCCGCUGGGAGCGACAAGGAUCGGGAGAGAGGAGACCAAUGUCUCCAAGAGCUCCUGGAGAUUGUCAACAAAUUCAUCAUUAGACGGACCAACGACAUUCUGUCUAAGUACUUGCCGGUCAAGUACGAACAUGUCGUAUUUUGUAAUCUCGCUCCCUUUCAGCUCGACCUCUAUAACUACUUUAUUACUAGUCCUGAUAUCAAAGCCUUACUACGAGGCAAAGGUAGUCAACCCCUCAAAGCGAUUGGCAUGCUCAAAAAGCUUUGCAACCAUCCAGAUUUACUUAAUCUUCCUGACGACUUGCCUGGAUGUGAGAAACUCUGGCCAGACGACUACGUUCCGAAGGAAGCUCGAGGUAGAGACCGGGAUAUCAGGCCCUGGUAUUCGGGAAAGAUGCGAGUUCUUGAUAGAAUGCUUGCGCGGAUCCGUCAAGACACGAAUGACAAGAUCGUUCUAAUCAGCAAUUAUACCCAGACCCUCGAUAUGUUCGAUAAGCUCUGUCGACACCGGGGCUACGGCUCUCUGCGACUUGACGGCACAAUGAACGUCACGAAACGCCAGAAGCUUGUUGACAAGUUCAACGACCCCAAUGGCGAAGAGUUCAUAUUCCUCCUCAGUAGUAAAGCUGGUGGAUGUGGUCUGAACCUCAUUGGUGCUAAUAGAUUGGUACUAUUUGACCCAGACUGGAACCCCGCAGCAGAUCAACAAGCUCUCGCAAGAGUAUGGCGAGACGGGCAAAAGAAGGAUUGUUUCGUGUACCGCUUUAUUGCCACCGGCACCAUCGAGGAAAAGAUCUUCCAACGACAAUCACACAAGCAAUCUCUCUCCUCAUGCGUGGUGGAUUCGGCAGAAGACGUUGAGCGCCAUUUUACACUCGAUAGUUUACGGGAAUUAUUUCAGUUCCAUGGUAAUACGACGAGUGACACGCAUGACACUUUCAAGUGUAAGCGCUGCAAACCGGAUGGGAAGCAAUUUAUCAAGGCACCCGCGAUGAUGUACGGCGAUACUAGCACUUGGAAUCACUUUGUCAACGAGGGGUUGAAACCCAUACAAGACUUGUUGUUGAGACAAGAAUGUGGCGAGCAAGAAGUGUCGGCCGUAUUCCAGUAUAUAUCUCAUUAGGCAAGUCUCGCACUUCUGGAUGCACACGAAUGGCUGAAGCAUAUCGUGCUUUAGAGGCAGAUUGGCGUCGGAGAUGAGGAAUAUUCUUAAGAUGGAAGUGUUGGAAAGAAGAACUUGGUAGUAUAUACUACGCAAUCUUAUACCGAGUCAAGUCCAUGCUGAGUUUGGAAGAACAACCCACGUGGCUCCCAUGAUGAUGUUCUAGAACUGGCCCAGCCCCUUACACCACUUCCGGAACUUGCAUAACAGCAAAGAACCCGGUUCUUAUUACUUGAUUGCGGGGGUUGGGAUAAUGGCGUAGAUUAGAUUUUAAACAUCUCUUCCGUUUUGUGUAUGUCAGCUAUCGAGUAGGUAUGAUACAGUGCUCAGGGGCUACCUUACAUAGUCUUUACGGAUCAUCCCCGCCUUCUAUGCGGUAUCACUCUGUGCUAGGGAGACUGAAAGCCAUUGAGAUUACUAGUCCAUGAACGAUUAGAUAGUUGAAUUAGACAAGAUCCUCA